CGUAGAAGGUGCUAAUACAUGAAUGUAUUGAUGUGUAGGGUAUUGCUGUCCUACGACUAACCCACUCUUAUUGCCAACUGCUUAGAGCAAGGGUGGCCAACCCGCGGCCCGCCGACUGUCAACUUGUGGCCCGCAGAUCCGAGUAAAAAGAUAUUAAAAACUAUAAAAAAUUAAUUACCAAAGGUAAAAUUAAAUAAUAUUUAUCAAAAAAUGUAUUUUUCAAAAAACGACUAAUAUCUCGGUUACUUUUAAAAUUCAUAAAAUAAUUCAUUUUCAAGAUUUUAUUAAAAUAAUUUCCAUAAUUUAAAGUAAGUAAUUGAUUCCUCACAAAUUUCCCGCAGUACUUUAUCCCCACAGUUAGUUUAAAUUCCCCACAAAUUUCCCACAGUAAGUUUAACUUCCCCGCAUUUUGGGGGAAUCCCCUCACUAUGGCAAUAGAGUGAUGUGACGGCACUCUCAGUAGAGAAUUUCUCGACCAAGUUACAGAAACGCACUACAGAUCAGUUCACGGGAAGCUCGCAACGCUAUCGGUUGUUUUACGUGGCGGUCUACGAGUAGGUAUAUUAGUGACGUGCGCAUUCGAUUGCGAUCUAUCAAACGCUCUUACUAUUCGUUUUGUUAACCUACAAUGGCGUCAACAAGUAAAGAAAUUGGACCAAAGAAGAGAAAAGUGACCGAAGAAUUAAGAAGUUUUCAAGACAGAUGGACUGAUAACUAUUUUUUUGUGGAAUUUAAAACAAAACCAAUAUGUUUAAUAUGCAAUGAAUAUGUUUCUGUUAUGAAAGAGUACAACAUUAAACGGCACUACGAAACUAAACAUGCAAAUAAGUUUGAUCAGUACAAAGGAAAGUUUCGGAAGGAUCAAGUAAAAAGCUUGCAAAUAAAAUUUUCUGCACAAGAACAAAUAUUUACAAGAGCAACGUCAGAGUCAACGUGUUAUGUAAAAGCGAGUUAUGCAGUAGCUGCAAUACUAGGAAAAAAAUCGAAAGCUUUUUCAGAAGGUGAAAUUGUUAAGGAGUGUUUAGAAAGUGUCGCUGCAAUUAUAUGUCCAGAAAAGAAGAAGGAUUUCUCGAAAUCAAGCCUAUCUCGUGAAACUAUCACAAGACGUGUGGAUGAUAUGGGAAAACAUAUUGAAGAUAAGUUAAAAAAUCGUGCAUCUGAGUUCAUAUAUUAUGCUCUGGCAUUGGAUGAAAGUACAGAUAUGACGGAUACCGCACAAGUGGCGAUCUUCAUUAGAGGUGUUGAUCCCUCUUAUAAUAAAAUGGAAGAACUAGCAGCUUUGUUUCCACUUAAGGAUACCACCAAGUCACGAGAUUUAUUAGAGGCCGUUCAAUCAACAAUCAAUCGCUUUUCGUUGCAACUAAACAACUUGUCGGGUAUAACAACUGAUGGUGCUCCAGCAAUGGUUGGGAAACACGAAGGUUUGGUAAAACUGAUUGAAAAAGAGGCUUGUAAUGUUGGCAAUAUGUCAAUGCUAAAUUUUCAUUGCAUUAUUCAUCAAGAGAAUUUGUGCGCCAAAUCUCUCAAAAUGGACCAUGUUAUGAAGGUAGUUGUCAAAAUAGUAAACUUUAUUAAGUCAAAAGGUUUGAAUCACCGUCAGUUUCAAGAAUUUCUAAAGGCCUUGGAAUCAGAAUAUAGUGAUGUUAUAUUUUAUGCUGAAGUAAGAUGGCUGACCCGUGCAAAAAUGUUGAAGAGAGUAUUCGAGUUGAGGCAAGAAAUAGAAUCUUUUUAUGAAAGCAAAUCAAAGAGUAUUUCAGAGUUUCAAGACAAAGAGUGGGUAUCCGACUUUGCAUUUCUGGUAGAUAUAACAAGCCACUUAAAUGAACUCAAUACUCGUCUACAAGGCAAAGAUCAACUGAUAAAUGACAUGUAUGACCUUAUUUCUGCGUUUCAAAUGAAACUUGAGCUUUGGGAACAGCAGCUACGAACUAAAAACUUCACUCAUUUUCCUACACUUUCAGAGCAACCUGAUAUAACAUCGGAGACAGCGGCUGAAUACGCAUCUUUGACAUCUGAUUUAAAAAACGAAUUUGAAAGCCGAUUUCAAGAUUUUAAAAAGUAUCGUCUGUUUUUUUCUGCUUUUGCAACACCAUUUUCUACGGACGUAAGUUCCUUGCCGGCACAUUUACAAAUGGAAUGUUGCGAAAUGCAAUGUGAUUCACAGCUAAAAGAGAAAUUCAAUCAGGUUGGCUUGGAAGAGUUUUAUAAAGACUAUUUUGACAAGGAAAAAUAUCCCGCGUUUUACAAACAUGCUCUGUUCAUGAUUUCAUUGUUUGGAAACACAAUACAUGAGUGAACAACUUUUUAGUAAGAUGAAGCAUAUUAAAUCCCAAAUGAGAACACGGAUUGCUGACGUUCAUCUAGAAAACUGUUUGCGUGUAGCAACGACUUCAGUCGAGGUUAACAUUGAUGAGCUUAGUUCAGCUAAGCAAAGUCAGAUAUCUCAUUAAUUUAAUUUUUUUAAUAAAUUUUAUAAUACUAAGAAAUUUGUUUUAUUUUUGUGCAUUGUAGCUAUUACAUUAAAUUAGUAGUGCGGCCCGGUGCGAAGUUCUAUUUCCGAAUUUCGGCCCAGCUGCCGAAAAGGUUGGCCACCCCUGGCUUAGAGUAUACUAUUAAUUAUAUGUUUUUUAGCUACUUUUGGCCCAAAACCGGGCCGCUGGGCUUUCGCCGCCACUGACAGCAGCAGCAGCAACAGCAACAGCAGCAGUAGCAGCAGCAGCAGCAGUAGCGGCAGCAGCAGUAGCAGUAGCAGCAGCAGCAACAAC